AGUAUGAAAAAAGGUGGGAUUGGGAAUGAAGAGGCAGUGAUUGGAUUGUAGCUGGUCCUCGAUUGAAAACGCUCUGCCCAUUCCACGUGCAUUCGAUUUCUCCCCAUUCUUCCCGUUUCUAUAAAUCCAAAUUCCCCCAUUUUUCUACUUCAGAUCUGAUUGAUGAGCCUUCGAAUCCCUGCUUUCAAUUCCUACUUCUUCCCCGUUUGAUUCCAUGGACAAGUACGAGGUGGUCAAGGAUUUGGGAGCUGGCAAUUUCGGAGUUGCCAGACUUCUCCGCCAUAAGGACACCAAAGAGCUCGUCGCCAUGAAGUACAUAGAGCGCGGCCACAAGAUUGAUGAGAAUGUGGCCAGAGAGAUUAUAAACCACCGAUCGCUUCGGCAUCCGAAUAUAAUUCGUUUCAAGGAGGUUGUUUUGACUCCAACGCAUUUGGCUAUAGUGAUGGAAUAUGCUGCUGGGGGAGAGCUUUUUGAAAGAAUUUGCAAUGCUGGCCGUUUCAGUGAAGAUGAGGCUAGGUACUUCUUCCAGCAGUUGAUUUCUGGAGUCAAUUAUUGCCAUUCAAUGCAAAUAUGUCAUAGAGAUCUAAAGCUAGAGAAUACCCUUUUAGAUGGAAGCGCAGCCCCGCGCUUGAAGAUCUGUGAUUUCGGUUACUCCAAGUCAUCCCUCUUGCAUUCAAGACCAAAAUCAACUGUUGGUACUCCGGCAUACAUAGCCCCGGAGGUUCUUUCUCGACGAGAGUACGAUGGAAAGUUGGCAGAUGUCUGGUCAUGUGGAGUGACUCUCUAUGUUAUGCUGGUUGGUGCAUAUCCUUUCGAAGAUCAAGACGAUCCUAGAAACUUCAGGAAAACUAUUCAGCGAAUAAUGGCUGUACAGUACAAAAUACCAGACUAUGUUCACAUAUCUCAAGAUUGUCGACACCUACUCUCUCGCAUCUUUGUCCCGAAUCCCUCGAGGAGAAUUUCGCUAAAAGAGAUCAAGAGUCAUCCGUGGUUCUUAAAGAACUUGCCGAGGGAACUGACAGAAUCAUCCCAAGCCAUCUAUUACCAGAGGGAUAACCCGAGCUUCUCCCUUCAAAGCGUGGAGGAGAUCAUGAAGAUCGUGGGGGAGGCAAGAAACCCGCCGCCAUCAUCGACGACCAUCAAGGGCUUUGGAUGGGGAACGGAAGAAGAGGAUGACGAAGGCGAGGGAGAGGUGGAAGAGGAGGAGGAGGAAGAAGAUGAGUAUGACAAGAGGGUGAAAGAAGUUCACGCCAGUGGAGAAUUCUUAGUCAGUUAGAAGCAGAACAUAACAUUAUAUUAUUGAGGUUUUGGUGUUGUGUGUAGUGUACAGUAUUGUUGGUUUAAAGGUCUGCAACUCUAAGCUAUAAUUUAUUUCUCUACUGUCACUAUAAUGUAAUUUAAAGUUAUUGGAAUAAUUCAAUGUAGUUGGACACAUUUUUGUGACGCAUUUAGUUGUAAUUUAAAGUUAUUGGAAUAAUUCAAUGUAGUUGGACUCAUUUUUGUGACGCAUUUA